AUGGAGAAGCUGAGAUUUGAGGAAACGCCUACUAGCCCUAAAGACAUAAGGUCUGGAAACUACAUAAAGAUUGAGGUUAACGGGCAGAUGAAGUCUGCGCAGGUUCUGGAAACAUCUUCUGUGAAGAAUGGGAAGCAUGGGGCAGCUAAGACGACUAUUUCGUCGAAGAUUCUUAGCACUGGAUCGAACCACAAGGGAAUAUACACUGCGAAUGACUCUAUUAUUGUGUGCAGGCCUGAGAAGGUCCAGCUCAAGCUGAUUGACAUCAGUGGAACAAGCAUAACGUUUACCGACAGCAGCGGAUCGUUUGAUUCUGUUGAUGUUGCAGGAAGGAUGAGCUCUGAGGAUGUCAAUAAGAUUGUGCAGACUGUUGAGGGGUCUAAUAGCGAGAGCUUUGAUCUUUCGCUAAGGGUGCUGCCUGACUUCUACAAGCUCGAGUCUGUCAGGCCAUCGUCGGGCGCGGGAGGCACAGCUGCAGGGGGAUGA